AAAAAACCACCCCCCAAAAAAAUUCUCCUAGAUCUCAUCAUCCAAUUGCACCCCAAAUCUUUCCAAGAAUUUUUAAGAACCCCAAAAAACUCGACAAUCAUUCUCGAAAUUCCCCCAAAUUCUCCUCAAAUUCCCAUAAAAAAAUCAAAAUCAAAAACCCAUUUCUGUGAUCAUCUUCUUGAGAUAUCCAAAAAUGGCGGUUCUAGGAAAAGGGCGAGGCGAUAUUGAAGCAGGGCAACUCUACCCAAACAUGGUGGAAGAUGUACAAUUCCGAUGGGCCUUCAUCCGAAAAGUGUACGUAAUCAUCACCAUGCAAAUGAUUCUGACCGCCGCUGUCGCCGCCGUCGUCGUCUUUGUUCCACCAAUUUCGCGCUAUUUGGUGUCUACUCGUGCUGGUCUCGGCAUUUACAUUGUCAUCCUCAUUUCUCCUCUUAUAAUCAUGUGUCCUUUGUACGCUUAUAUGAAGCGUCAUCCUAUUAAUUUCAUCCUUCUUGGAUUGUUUACUGUUGCAAUUGCUUUUGGCGUUGGAAUGAGUUGCGCUUUUGUUAAAGGGAAAAUUGUUCUGGAGGCUUUGAUUUUAACAUGUGUAGUGGUGGUCAGCCUUACCCUAUACACAUUCUGGGCAGCGAAAAGAGGCAAAGACUUCAGCUUUCUAGGCCCUUUCCUGUUUGCUGGCAUGAUGGUGCUGAUGGUUUUUAUGCUAAUCCAGAUUUUCAUUCCCCUGGGAAAGCUCUCUUUGAUGAUCUAUGGGUGCAUAGCUGCGAUAUUGUUCUCUGCAUACAUUGUAUAUGAUACAGACAACUUGAUCAAACGUUACAGCUACGAUGAGUACAUUCCUGCUGCAGUUACCCUUUAUCUUGACAUUGUCAACCUCUUCCUUGCCCUGCUUGCUCUUCUUGAGGGAGCAGACAGCUAGGCUUUUACAUUCCUGGUUACACUUGCGCCUGACGGGUUGUAAUUUGCAACUCAUUAGAUGUAUCGGACCAUUCCUGUGAAGGUUAUUCUUCACUAAUAGAAUCUACGAAGUACAUAUUUAGAACUAUGAUUAGUGUUAAUCAGCCACUUACUGAUCGAUCAACGAAGUAGUGAAAAAACAGAUCAUGGACAUUUUUAGGUCCGGAGCUUUAGAAUUGCUAUCCUUGUGUAAUGAGUAAGAUUCUUACAACAUUGCUUUUUGUGUAGAGUACUACGUUUUAACUGAGUUUGCAAUGUGUAUAACUUGCUUUUGUAGAAAAUGUUGAUAGUUGCCAUCUCUAAAACCUUGUUCACAUACGUUUUAAUCGGCUUUGAGCUUAAUUAAGCCUUGAUUGUAGUUUUCG